AUGACUUUGUGCACAAAAGGAAUGGGACUUUCUCCGGAUCCUCACCGCAGGCGCAUGCCGUGGACGGCCGCAAAGGAGUGUGUGCCCGGUGUUGUUCGUAGCUCCAAGGAAAAGAUGGCGUUGGAUGGUGCACGACGAGUGGAUGUGGAAUGUGUCGACCGUGCAUCGCAGGUGUAUCCGCUGGAGGCAUUGCGGGCGGCCGUCGCCACAUGUGAGUACAAUACAUCUAGAGGGAAGAACAUUUUUAAUUGGUCUCUCAGGCGGAAUCAAAUGUACUCAGGCAAUAGGUUUACUGCGAGGAGUGGCCGGAGGGGACGCACGACGAGAACGCCACUCGCACCGCCAUUCAUUUCCGUCGCCGCGAGACCACAACGCAGCCCGCGCCAAUACGACUUGCGGAUGUUUUGGGUGGCAUGCGCUGUUCUGUUUGCCGUUAUUGUUCCCCAUCCCCGAGCGUCGGUGCAGACGUCCCUGUCGAUGCAAGUUCUUAUCGAUUGCGGACACACCCAUUGA